AUGGUUCUGGUCCAAACUCCGCGGCUCAGCCGCAUGAUCGUUUCAAACGCCAGCCCGAGCUGCGCGCGCUGUCACAGCGAAGUGACCACGGGACAGCAGGACUCGUCGCCCCCUCUGUCCCUGACCCCCACCGGGCACCUGGUGGUGGCGCUGUGCCUGGGCUUCAUCGGCGCCCUCGGCUUGCUCACCAACUUCCUGGUGCUCGCGCUGUUCUGCCGGUACCGGGCUCUGCGCACGCCCAUGAACCUGCUGCUGGUGAGCAUCUCUGUGAGCGACCUGCUGGUCAGCGUGCUGGGGACCCCGUUCAGCUUCGCCGCCAGCACCCAGGGGCGCUGGCUGAUCGGGCGCGCGGGAUGCGUUUGGUACGGGUUCAUUAACUCGUGUCUGGGUAUCGUCUCCCUGAUCUCCCUGGCGGUCCUAUCCUAUGAGCGUUACUGCACCAUGAUGGCGCCCACUAUCGCAGACGGCAGAGACUUCCGCCCGGCGUUUGGAGGAAUCUGCUUCUCCUGGCUCUACUCCGUGGCCUGGACUGUGCCCCCACUACUGGGCUGGAGCAAAUACGGACCCGAGGGCCCUGGCACUACAUGCUCAGUGGACUGGAAGACCCAGACGCCCAACAACAUUUCCUACAUCAUCAGCCUUUUCGUCUUCUGCCUGGCUCUGCCGUUCGCUGUAAUCGUCUACUCCUACGGCAAGCUGCUGCACGCCAUCAGACAGGUGCGCAGCGUGAGUUCAGUGGUGAACCGUCGCAGAGAGCAGCGGGUGUUGGUGAUGGUCGUCGUCAUGGUGAUGUGCUACCUCGGCUGCUGGCUGCCGUACGGAGUGGCAGCUCUGCUCGCCACCUUCGGGCCGCCUGACCUGCUGACCCCCGAGGCGAGCAUCACGCCGUCACUUCUGGCCAAGUGCUCCACCAUCAUCAACCCUUUUAUUUACAUAUUCAUGAACAAACAGUUCUCCAGAUGCUUCUGGGCGUUUAUCUGCUGCUCCAGUGCCGAGCGAGGCUCCAGACAAACAUUUUCACGGAUGACAAAGACGUUGCGCACCGUCCGCAAGGAGAAAGACCUUCAUGUGACCGUCCCUGCCCUGUCCACAGCCGUGCCCACGUCCAACUCUGUCCACGGUUCUUUGCAGGCAGCCAGUCACGUGGCUGCUUCUUCAACAAACCGAGCAGACGCUGCCUCUGAGGAGCCUGCUGCCGUCGACCGUACAACUAAAGUGAUUCUGGUGGCUUACUACAGGGAAUAA